CUUUUAUUAACCGCUGAUUUUGUUUUGCUUGUAAUCUGGCUAACAUUGCUGUUGCAUGCAUCUGUCUGUGGUGUGUACUGUAAAUGUAACACAUUGCUGUGUAUUGUCUUGAGAUUGUUAGGCAAAAAAUGACUGCAGAAACUUUCUAUAAUGAUGUGCUGUAACCAGGCAACAUGGGAGCUGUGCUACACUGGUCGUGCAGAUGAUGAGCUGAGUCUCCUGGUGGUUGUGGUGGAUGUGAAUCCCGUUUGGUGGGGACAGCAGGCACAAAAGGAACCCGAAUUCACGCUGUCAGAGUGCAUGGACGCUGUGAUGGUAAUGAGCAACACUCAUCUGGUCAUGACCCGAAGCAACAAACUGGCAAUCAUCGCCAGCCACUGUCAGGAAAGUCAUUUUUUAUACCCUAGUAAGCACGUCAUCAAGGCUGCAGACGAUUCUGCUUUACAAUACAUGAAUUUCAUGAAUGUAAUCUUUGCAGCACAAAAGCAGAGCGUAUCAAUAGAUGCCUGUGUUUUAGACGCUGACUCGGGACUACUGCAGCAGGCAUGUGACAUAACAGGAGGGUUAUAUCUGAAAGUACCACAGAAGAUGGCUCUGGCACAGUAUUUACUGUGGGUUUACCUUCCUGAUACUGAUCAGAGGUCCCAGCUCGUUCUUCCACCGCCAGUGCAUGUAGACUACAGGGCAGCUUGCUUCUGCCAUCGAAACCUCAUUGAGAUCGGAUACGUGUGUUCAGUCUGCUUAUCAAUAUUCUGCAACUUCAGCCCCAUCUGCACCACGUGCGAGACUGCCUUCAAGAUUGCAUUGCCACAUGCCAUGAAAGCUAAAAAAAAGAAACUCAAACCAACUACAUGACCUUCAACCAAAAACUGUUAUGAACAUUCAGAAGUGAACUAAGUGUGAUAUCAUGGCUCAAUGGAAUAUAUCUGUACUAUAAGUGGAUAUUGGUUGUUUGUAUUUUUUUU